GAGAGCUUAAAAGAACUUGAUAACGUGAGGGAUCUAAACAGAACAUGACAAAACGUGAUAGCAUAUCGUGGUAAUCGUAUGAACUUGAGAGAACGUGAUGAAAAUCAUGCAGAUCUUGACCAGAAUUGUGUUGGUUUCGUAACAAAAUGCUACAGGUACAGAGCAUAUAAGCAGGCUAGACUUUGAAUGAGCAAGUGGUUAACCAGUCUGCAGUCAAUUACACGGACAUAUUUCAGGCAUUUAGUUACACAACUUGCGAGAAACUCAGCGGAUAAUCUACGUUUAAAAUUUUCUGUAGCUCAGCCGCAAAAAUCAUGCCUGUUCACUUCAACUAGACAUGCCAACAUUCCAUGUUCACAAACAUCUGCAGUCACUUGCAUUGAAAGACAGACUUUAAAUGUACAUAAGUUUUCAACACCUUCUAGAUUGCUUAUACCUAAUAAAUUAACUUCUACAGACAGUAUCAAGUGCACAUGCACUUCAGCUCUAAUAGUAGACGAUAGGUAUUUUACAAUGACAGAAAACAGAUAUUUGACGGGUUAUGCAAAACUUGGGACGUCAAGCUGUAAGAAAUGUAAGCAGAAGAUUGACAAAGGAGCGCUGAGGAUAGCAAAACUGGUUUCAAACCCUUUCUCAGAGGAUUCUGGAGACAUGAAACAGUGGUUCCAUCCAGAUUGUAUUUUUGAGACAUUUGUACGUGCACGAGCUACAACAAAGAAGAUUGAAGAUCCUGAUGAUUUGGAGGGAUUUUCUGACCUCGAACAGGCAGACAAGGAUACCAUCUUGACACUGAUCAAAGGUUUUCUGGCAAAAGCUGGUUCACCUGGAAAAAAGAAAACUCCAUCAAAGACUACACCUGCUAAGAAUAAGCCAGCAACCAGCACUACACCUAUAAAACAGGAACCAAAGCCAGGGCCCUCAUCAGAAUCUGGAUCAACAAGCAAUGGUGCCGGUCCAGUGAGCACUUCGAGUGGCAAAGAUGACUCCUUCAGGGAAUUCCGUCGCCUUUGUGCUGAUAUUGCAGAAGAAAAUAGCUACACUGGAAAAACAGCAAUUGUCAAAAAGUUUAUCAUGAAAGGGUCAAGUGGAGAUGGCUAUGAAGGCAAUCUAUAUUUACUGUUGAAGCUGCUGCUGCCUGGUGUUGUGAAAAGUGUGUACAACUUGAACAAUAAGCAGCUGGUCAAGUUAUUCAGUCAGAUUUUUCACACAAAUCAGAAAGCUAUGUUAGAAGAUUUGGACCAAGGUGAUGUUGCCGAGACUGUGAAGAUUUUCUUUGAGCAAAGCAAAGUCCUUCCUCCUCAGAAAAAAUGUAAUUUUACAAUACAAGAGGUGAACCAUUAUUUGGAGGACUUGACAAAGGUCACAAAGGAGGAUGAUCAGGAGAAAGUACUUGCAAAGAUUGCUCAAAGGUGUACAGGCAAUGACUUGAAGAUGGUGAUCAGACUGAUCAAACAUGAUCUCAGGAUUAAUGCAGGGGCUAAACAUAUACUGGAUGCCCUUGACCCCAAUGCAUAUGCAGCAUUCCAGGCAUCACGUGACCUUCGAGAUGUUGUGGAGAGAGUGAUAGAGAACAGAGAAAGUGGGGAUAAACCUGGUCUUGGCAAGAAAUUGUCUGUCAGGGCCUCUUUAAUGACUCCAGUGUUACCCAUGUUGGCAGAAGCAUGUAGAUCAGUGGGCUAUGCCAUGAAGAAAUGUCCCAAUGGUUUCUAUGCUGAGAUCAAGUAUGAUGGCGAGAGAGUGCAGCUACACAAGAAAGGAUCCCACUUUCAGUAUUUCAGUAGAAGUCUGAAACCUGUACUGCCACAUAAGGUAUCACAUUUCAAGGAAUAUAUUCCGAAAGCUUUCCCUACUGGAGAUGAUCUGAUCCUGGAUGCUGAAGUCCUUCUUAUUGACACCAAUACAGGAACACCUCUGCCAUUUGGUACACUUGGUAAACAUAAGAAAGAACAGUUCAAGGAUGCCAAUGUGUGUUUGUUUGUAUUUGACUGUCUUCAUCUGAAUGGAGAAAACAUCAUGGACAAACCAAUCAAGGACAGAAGAAAAAUUCUGCAAAAGGAAAUGAUAGAAAUACCUAACAGAAUAUUGUUCUCUGAAAUGAAGCAUAUCACAGAAGAGGAUGACCUCACAGAUAUGAUGACUAGAGUGUUUCAGGAAGGUUUAGAAGGCCUGGUACUCAAAGAUGUUAAUAGCGCUUAUGAGCCUGGUAAACGUCAUUGGUUGAAGAUAAAGAAGGAUUAUUUAAAUGAAGGUCAAAUGGCUGACUCGGCAGAUUUGGUUGUCCUUGGAGCUUUCUUUGGAACUGGAAAUAAAGGUGGAAUGAUGUCAGUGUUUCUAAUGGGAUCAUACGACCCUGACAGUGACAAAUGGUGCACAGUCACCAAAGUUGGUAAUGGAUUUGAUGACUCAACAUUAGAGAAAUUGCAAAAAGAGUUGAAAAUGAUGAAAAUCAGCAAGAACGCCAGCAAGGUGCCAGACUGGCUUAAUGUUAAGAAGAAUAUGAUACCAGACUUUGUGUCAGCUGAUCCAAAAAGUGCACCAGUCUGGGAAAUAGCUGGAGCAGAGUUCAGUAAAGCUGAGGUACAUACAGCAGAUGGAAUAUCUAUCCGAUUUCCUCGUGUAACCAAGGUGAGAGAUGACAAAUCCUGGAAGGAAGCCACAGAUUUACCCAGGCUCAAGGAGCUGUUCAAGAAGUCAAAAGACACAUCCGAUAUUGUGAUCCCAGGUACAAAGAAGGGCAAGGGACCAGGAAAAUCUCCAGCAAAGAAGGGGAAAUCAUCCAGUGGCAGUGAUACUGAUGUUGAUGACGAUACAAACAGCAAUGCUACACCUGUAAAAUCCAAAAGUUCUUCAGUGUCUUCUACACCAAGUAAAACUGCUACACCAUCUAGUGGUGGUGGAAUAAUGAAGUUUUUUUCACCAAAAAAAGAACAAAGUUCUCCGUCCAAACCAACCAAGCGAGCCAGUGAGAAUGGCGAUGAAUCAAGCCCAGCUAAGAAAUCCAAACCUGAGUGUAAAUAUGGUUCAGACUGUUACCAGAAGAACCCUGACCACCUAGCCAACUUCUACCACCCACCUAAAGUACAGCAGACGUCAAAUGGGGUUUUACCAAAUAUUUUCACUGGAGCCAAGAUCUUCAUUCCGAGUGAUAUGAAGGAUUACAAGACACUGAGGAGAUAUAUCAUAGCUUUUGAUGGAGAGGUUGUUCCAGAGUUCAGUAGAGCAACAGCAACUCAUGCAGUGGUACCAAGUGAUUAUACAGGUCCAGCCAUUAAAUGUGAGGGUGUUUGUGUGAAAGACACUUGGUUGUGGAAAUGUAUCAAAACAAAAUGUUUGCAGCCAACAGAACACUUUAUUCUGGGUACUUGAGUGCAAUCAACAGAAUAUUUCAUCAUUGGUUCUUCAACGCAGCAAACAAAACAUGUCAUCCUAUACUUAAGUGCAGUCAUGAGAACACUUCAUUCUGUGUCGUCCUAGGUAAUUAAGUGCAGUUGACAGAAAAUUUCAUCAGUGUUUUAAACGAAGUCAAAAGAAUAUUUCUUUGUUUGAUGUACUUGAAUAAAUCCAACAGAACAUUUAAUCCUUAGUACUUUAGUGCAGCAAACAGAAUGGUUCAUCUGGUUAAUGUCAGAGAGCAGCAAACAGAACAAUUCAUACUUGGAACUUUAUAGUACAGCAAACAGAAUGGUUCAUCCGUGUUUAAUGUCCGAGUGCAGCAAACAGAACAGUUCAUGCUUGGAACUGGAGUGUAGGUAGUAGGGGUGAUUAUUGUGGUCAAUAGUGACUACUGCAAUACUACUGAUAUUGUUGUACGUAAUAUUUCAAAGCUUUUAUCUUUAGAGGCCAAUAUUAUGCAAUGCUGUCAAAAUUUUCACCUGACAGCAUGUACAAAUUAGAAAUUAUAUGGCCUUAUGUUAUAAAAAUGUUAAAGCAGCGUGCCUCCAGAUUUGGCUAAAAAAUAAUCUUUCUUUCAAAUUGAAGUUUGGUCAUAUUAUGAACAUUAGAAUAUGAAUUUUUGUUUCUAAAAUAUUUUAAAAGUUCCAAAUCAAGAAAAAAAGAUGACCGCGACAGGAAUCGAACCCUGGACAGAUGCGGCAAUAAAGACAUUUUCCCAUCAUCGUAACCAAUAGCGCUAUAGCUGAAGUAGUGAAUAAUGACUUCAAAAGAUAGAUAUUUAUAAUCGAGACAGUUUACCUGGAGUAAAAGCGUGACAAAUGCUUUUCGACUUUCAUCAUAAAAAGUAGUAAAAACAGCAACUUCUCAUGUGUUUCCGUAAUAUAAAGUUUGUCGGUAAUUAAGUUUUAAAGCCUUCUUAAGAAAUAUAGUAUUUAUUUGAAGAUAUCUAAAAAAAAUAAUUAUUUUUUAGCUCACCUGUGACAAGGUGAGCUUUUGUGAUCGCGCAGCGUCCCUUGUCUGUGCAUCCGUCCGUGCGUGCGUAAAAUUUUCCUUGUGACAUCUCUUGAGGUCACAUUUUUCAUGGGAUCUUUAUGAAAAUAUGUCAGAAUGUUCAUCUUGGUAAAUUCUAGGUCAAGUUCGAAACUGGGUCACGUGCCCUCAAAAACUAGGUCAGUAGGUCUAAAAAUAGAAAAACCUUGUGACCUCUCUAGAGGCCAUAAUUUUCAAUGGAUCUUCAUGAAAAUUGGUCAGAAUGUUCACCUUGAUGAUAUCUAGGUCAAGUUCGAAACUGGGUCACGUGCCUUCAAAAGCUAGGUCAGUAGGUCUAAAAAUAGAAAAACCUUGUGACCUCUCUAGAGGCCAUAUAUUACACAAGAUCUUCAUGAAAAUUGGUCAGAAUGUUCACCUUGAUGAUAUCUAGGUCAGGUUCGAAACUGGGUCACGUGCCGUCAAAAACUAGGUCAGUAGGUCAAAUAAUAGAAAAACCUUGUGACCUCUCUAAAGGCCAUAUUUUUCAUGGGAUCUGUAUGAAAGUUGGUCUGAAUGUUCAUCUUGAUGAUAUCUAGGUCAGGUUCGAAACUGGGUCACGUGCGGUCAAAAACUAGGUCAGUAGGUCUAAAAAUAGAAAAACCUUGUGACCUUUCUAGAGGCCAUAUAUUUCACAAGAUCUUCAUGAAAAUUGGUCAGAACGUUCACCUUGAUGAUAUCUAGGUUAAGUUCGAAACUGGGUCACGUGCCAUCAAAAACUAGGUCAGUAGGUCAAAUAAUAGAAAAACCUUGUGAACUCUUUAAAGGCCAUAUUUUUCAUGGGACCUGUAUGAAAGUUGGUCUGAAUGUUCAUCUUGAUGAUAUCUAGGUCAGGUUCGAAACUGGGUCACUUGCGGUCAAAAACUAGGUCAGUAAGUCUAAAAAUAGAAAAACCUUGUGACCUCUCUAGAGGCCAUAUAUUGCAUGAAAUCUUCAUGAAAAUUAGUCAGAAUUUUCACCUUGAUGAUAUCUAAAUCAGGUUCGAAAGUGGGUCACGUGCCUUCAAAAACUAGGUCAGUAGGUCAAAUAAUAGAAAAACCUUGUGACCUCUCUAGAGGCCAUAUUUUCCAUGGGAUCUGUAUGAAAGUUGGUCUGAAUGUUCAUCUUGAUGAUAUCUAGGUCAAGUUCGAAAGUGGGUCACGUGCCUUCAAAAACUAGGUCAGUAGGUCAAAUAAUAGAAAAACCUUGUGACCUCUCGUAAGGCCAUAUUUUUCAGUGGAUCUUCAUGAAAGUUGGUCUGAAUGUUCAUCUUGAUGAUAUCUAGGUCAAGUUCUAAACAGAGUCAUGUGCGGUCAAAAACUAGGUCAGUGGGUCUAAAAAUAGAAAAACCUUGUGACCUCUCUAGAGGCCAUACUUGUGAAUGGAUCUCCAUAAAAUUUGGUCAGAAUGUUCAUCUUGAUGAUAUCUAGGUCAAGUUCGAAAGUGGGUCACGUGCCAUCAAAAAGUAGAUCUGUAGGUCAAAUAAUGAAAAAACGUUGUGACCUCUCUAGAGGCCAUAUUUUUCAUGGGAUCUGUAUGAAAGUUGGUCUGAAUGUUUAUCUUGAUGAUAUCUAGGUCAAGUUUGAAACUGGGUCAACUGCGAUCAAAAACUAGGUCAGUAGGUCUAAAAAUAGAAAAACCUUGUGACCUCUCUAGAGGCCAUACCCUUGAAUGGAUCUUCAUGAAAAUUGGUCAGAACGUUCACCUUGAUGAUAUCUAGGUCAGGUUUGAAACUGGGUCACGUGCCUUAAAAAACUAGGUCAAUAGGUCAAAUAAUAGAAAAACCUUGUGACCUCUCUAGAGACCAUAUUUUUCAAUGGAUCUUCAUGAAAAUUGGUCAGAAUUUUUAUCUUGAUAAUAUCUAGAUCAAGUUCAAAACUGGGUCACAUGAGCUCAAAAACUAGGUCACUAUGUCAAAUAAUAGAAAAAAACGACGUCAUACUCAGAACUGGAUCAUGUGGGAAGAGAUGAGCGAUUCAGGACCAUCAUGGUCCUCUUGUUUGUUGUUGUCGAACGAUCUGUAGGCAUGCGGCUUUAAAACAAAUCACUCAAUCACUAAAUCACUUGUUUUGGACAUACUUAUCAACCCAUUGAUGAUAAGUAAACUUGUGUUUGUAAGAGAGCACUGAAUAAAUGAAUAAUAGGGAAUUUCAAGUAAGGUAUGCAGUGAGUAAUUGUAACAAAGUUGUUACCUAACAACUGUUGAAUAUAUCCGUAUGUGCAUAAUUGAGAGGAUUAUUAUGGGCAUACAACUGCAGCAGUCCUAAUCAUGAUCAGUUGUUACCUUGGUACAUUGUCUCCCCUCAACAUAUUUUCUUAAAAAUAUAUAGGUAGUGCCCAGAGUAGUAGUCUUUUGCUAUGUUGAAGUUUUGUAGGAUAAAUCAUUGAUUUAAUAUGCAUGGUUUAAUCUCUUUCUUGUGUGUGGACAUCUUGUUUUCAAGUAAAAUUUUAGUUGCUGUAUUUAAGGUUUUUACUGCAUAGAAUUUCUGUAGCUUAGAUUUUUGUUACAAAUUAGUGUUUUUGCCUUUUCUUAUUAUAGAUUUGUUAGAUAACACAUGUACUUAACUGUUUUGUGAUUGAAAUAUUAAAGACAUCUUUAGAUGAAAAUUUUAAUGCUGCUUAAAAGUAGAAUUGCUGUGCUUGAUUAAUGUUUGAAAACCGGAAGUGUUGGACUUGAUUAAUCUGUUAAAAAGAAGUGAUUCAUGGUUUAAAAAACAAAUGUUGUACUUAAUGAAUCUAUUAAAAAGGCGAAAUGUUGUACUUGGUCAAUCUUUUAAAAAGUGGAAAUGUCAUGCGUGAUGAAUCUUUUAGAAAGAGGAAAUAUUGUGUGUGAUGAAUCUUUUAGAAAGGGAGAGUGUUUUAAUUGAUGGAUUGUAGGUUUUAAGAUGAAUAUUAAAUUUUGUGUUUUGACUCCUAAUACUUUGACUCAGUGUUGUUAUAUUUUUGGGUUCUUUUGACUCCUGGAGAACAUUAAAUUUCACUGUUAGGUAAUAGAAUUCCACUUAAUCCAUUGUUAGGGGGCAUGAGGUGUUUUGCACAUUCAUUACGUUUCAUAAACAGGCACAGUCAAACAAAAUCUUCUGUUACAUUGCUUUGUUGCAUUCUAUGGUUUAGAAUGAUCUAUUCAUAGAAUAAGCCCCAUGUGGUUCUGGGACGAUCUGUGUAUGAAAAGAAUUGGAACCACUGCCUUACCCUUGCAUGAUCGUAAGAGGCGACUAAUAGGGUCUUAACACUUGGUUUUGCUGUAACUCUGUGAUUCCAGCAGGUAUGCAAAUUUUGAUUCCAUACCUCAUGUUUUUAUUUCGAUGUAAAUGAGAUGUGAAACAAAAAUUUGUAGUCCUGUUUGGCGCCAUAUAACCUAUACUGUGUUGGUGCACCGUAAAACCCAAAUAAAUAAAUAAAUUUCAUAGAAUACAUUGGUUAUAGACUACUAAGUGGUCGCUCCAGUUUUUUAAACCUUAAAAAACCAGUGUACUAUGCUCACCUUUCAAUAAAGUAUUUUAUCAUUUGAUAUUGAUGUAGAAAAUACUCAGAAAAUAUAUUUAAUUGGCUUAGUAAAAUAUAAACUACUGUGAAAUCAUUUAAUUUCUUGGGCAUGAAUUUACGUGGUUUUGACCACAACGGCUAUUUCUUGGGGAUAUGAAUUUGUGGUUUUCAUCUUUUGAAGAUAAAAUGAUAGGGAAUUUUACUUGUUUGUUGGGAUUUAAUUUUGUGGAUUGACACAACCACGAAAAUUAGUCCCCCACGAAAAUUAAUGAUUUCACAGUAUGCAUAUAAGCCUGCAAUUAUAGUAGAUAUCAAGCAACAUGUGUGGUAUUUUAAACCUAACAUGCAGCACUGUUUAUACAUACAAACAUUUUUGUGUUAUGUUUAUUUAAUACUGUGUGAUAGUUGUUCAUACUUUUACAUUAGAACUUCAGGUAUAAUAUAUCUUCAAUGAACCAUCAAAUAUUUUUAUUCAGUUUGAACAUUUCAUGUUAUAUCACUUUUAUAUUGAUGAAAACCUUUAGAUUCACCAAAUUGAUGGGCAGUUGAGUUAGGUAUAUAGAAUGACUCUUAUUAUUUUGUUUAUCGAUUAUAGUACUUUAAUGCAUGUUUUCUGUUGUCUUUGGCAACAUUUUGUUUUCUUCAUGUAGGCAGCUUUCGUUUAUUAGCUCACCUGUCACAAAGUGACAAGGUGAGCUUUUGUGAUCGCGCGGUGUCCGUCGUCCGUCGUCCGUGCGUCCGUAAACUUUUGCUUGUGACCACUCUAGAGGUCACAUUUUUCAUGGGAUCUUUAUGAAAGUUGGUCAGAAUGUUCAUCUUGAUGAUAUCUAGGUCAAGUUCGAAACUAGGUCAUGUGCCGUCAAAAACUAGGUCAGUAGGUCUAAAAAUAGAAAAACCUUGUGACCUCUCUAGAGGCCAUAUAUUUCACAAGAUCUUCAUGAAAAUUGGUCAGAAUGUUCACCUUGAUGAUAUCUAGGUCAUGUUCGAAACUGGGUCACGUGCCUUCUAAAACUAGGUCAGUAGGUCUAAAAAUAGAAAAACCUUGUGACCUCUCUAGAGGCCAUAUAUUUCACAAGAUCUUCAUGAAAAUUGGUCAGAACGUUCACCUUGAUGAUAUCUAGGUUAAGUUCGAAACUGGGUCACGUGCCGUCAAAAACUAGGUCAGUAGGUCAAAUAAUAGAAAAACCUUGUGACCUCUCUAAAGGCAAUAUUUUUCAUGGGAUCUGUAUGAAAAUUAGUCUGAGUGUUCAUCUUGAUGAUAUCUAGGUCAAGUUUGAAACUGGGUCACGUGCGGUCAAAAACUAGGUCAGUAGGUCUAAAAAUAGAAAAACCUUGUGACCUCUCUAGAGGCCAUAUAUUUCAUGAGAUCUUCAUGAAAAUUGGUCAGAAUGUUCAUCUUGAUGAUAUCUAGGUCAGGUUCGAAAGUGGGUCACGUGCCUUCAAAAACUAGGUCAGUAGGUCAAAUAAUAGAAAAAACUUGUGACCUCUCUAGAGGCCAUAUUUUUCAUGGGAUCUGUAUGAAAGUUGGUCUGAAUGUUCAUCUUGAUGAUAUCUAGGUCAAGUUCGAAAGUGGGUCACGUGCCUUCAAAAACUAGGUCAGUAGGUCAAAUAAUAGAAAAACCUUGUGACCUCUCUAAAGGCCAUAUUUUUCACGGGAUCUGUAUGAAAAUUGGUCUGAGUGUUCAUCUUGAUGAUAUCUAGGUCAGGUUCGAAACUGGGUCAACUGCGGUCAAAAACUAGGACAGUAGGUCUAAAAAUAGAAAAACUUUGUGACCUCUCUAGAGGCCAUACUUUUGAAUGGAUCUUCGUGAAAAUUGGUCAGAAUGUUCACCUUGAUGAUACCUAGGUCAGGUUUGAAACUGGGUCAUGUGCCUUAAAAAACUAGGUCAGUAGGUCAAAUAAUAAAAAAAACCUUGUGACCUCUCUAGAGGCCAUACUUUUCAUGGGAUCUGUAUGGAAGUUGGUCUGAAUGUUCAUCUUGAUGAUAUCUAGGUCAAGUUUGAAACUGGGUCAACUGCGGUCAAAAAGUAGAUCAGUAGGUCUAAAAUUAUUAAAAUCUUUUGACCUCUAGAGGCCAUAUUUUUCAAUGGAUCUUCAUGAAAAUUGAUCUGAAUGUUCACCUUGAUGAUAUCUAGGUAAGUUUCGAAACCGGGUCACGUGCGGUCAAAAACUAGGCCAGUAGGUAUAAAAAUAGAAAAACCUUGUGACCGCUCUAGAGGCCAUAUUUUUCAUGAGAUCUUCAUGAAAAUUAGUGAGAAUGUUCACCUUGAUGAUAUCUAGGUAAAGUUCAAAACAGGGUCACGUACCUUUGAAAACUAGGUCAGUAGGUCAAAUAAUAGAAAAACCUUGUUACCUCUCUAGAGACCAUAUUUUUCAAUGGAUCUUCAUGAAAAUUGGUCAGAAUUUUUAUCUUGAUAAUACCUAGGUCAAGUUCAAAACUAAGUCACUAUGUCAAAUAAUAGAAAAAACGACGUCAUACUCAAAACUGGGUCAUGUGGGAAGAGGUGAGCGAUUCAGGACCAUCAUGGUCCUCUUGUUCAGUUAAUGGCCAAGCAUUAGCUUCUUUGAAAUAAACGUGAUUUUUAUAAUUUCAUCAUCAUGUUGCACCAGUAUUUCAUUAGAAACUGUGAUUUUGUGCAUUUAAACAUUGUUAUGCACAGUACGUACAUUCUCUUUUUAGUGUAUCAGUGUGAUAUAUAGUUUCAUCAUUCCUGUAUACAGUUGAACUUCAUUCACUCAAACUGGACAGAACUGUAAGCAUAUGUGUAUGGUCUCACUGCUCCUGUAUAAUAGUCUCAACAUUCACAAACCCCGCCCACUUAGCUCAGAAGGGAGUGCUUGGUCUACGGAUCACGGGGUCACGAGUUCAAUCCCUGGGUGGGGCGAAUGUUCUCCGUGACGAUUUGAUUAAAGACAUUGUGUCUGAAAUCAAUCGUCCUACACCUCUGAUUCAUGUGGAGAAGUUGGCAGUUACUUGCAGAGUACAGGUUUGUACUGGUACAGAAUCCAGGAACACUGGUUAGGUUAACUGCCCGCAAUUACAUGACUGAAAUACUGUUGAAAAAUGGCGUUAAACACAAAACAAACAAACAAACAAACUACAUUCACAUUGAGCCUUAGCUUUCACGUCUGAACACUGUUGUGGCAAAACACAUAUCAAAGAAAUGAUUUUGUAAGGUCAUGCCUGCAUUUCUUUGUUGUUACUGCGCUGUGGAAGGCGUAUUUUAUUUAGAAGAAACAAUCUUGUCCGACUGUGUAUCUAAAGAAUUGGAACAACUGUCUUACCCAUGCAUAAUUGUAAGUAGCAACUAAAAUGGUCUGAACACUUGGUGUUGCAGUAUCUCUGUGAUUCAUAGGUCAGUGGUCAAGGUUACGGUGAUCUUGAGACUGAAAAUGGUUUCAGCUCAUCAAAUAAAGGAUGCUUUAGCCUACAGUUCACAGACUCCAUAGGAUGAUUGCAUUCUUACAGAAGAUAACCAAUGACGUGUUGGGGAUCGAAAGACAGGAUUACAGUGACGUUGAGACUCAGUACUGUUUCUGCUUUGUCAUUCAGUUCUCAAACCUAAGAAUGAUUGCCUGCGGUCAGAAUAUUACCCCUACUAUAUUUGGGGCCAGCAGGUGGAAGGACAAGGUUACAGUAACCCCAGAAUUGAAAAUAUUAUAUUUCUCUUAUAAAGAACCCUUGGUCCUACUGCCUUCAAAUGUCGUAGGAUGCUUGCAUGUGGUAAGAAGAUGACCUCUAUUCUUUCAGGGAUCAAUAGAUCAAAGGUUGGGGUUAAAGUGUUCUUUGGACUUAAAGUGGAACAGACAAUCAUGGAAGGCAUAUGUAUUUUACAACCUGCUGUUCUUUGGGAUUUUGUUUCUAUUUUUUUUAAUAAUUGGCUUAAAAUUCGGGUGGAAAUAUUGAAUAUGUCCAUUUACAAACUUCAGUAAAAUGCCCAAUUGACAGGCUUUGAACUUUUGGAGAAAAUUUGUGUAGACUGUUGAUAUUGGUCAUCAUUUCAAAGGCUUUUCAGUUGUGUUAAUCGUUUUAAGCCAUUGUUUUGGUAUUGACUUUACAAAAAGGGUUCCUUGCAAAAUUUCAUAUGUCAGUAAGUUUAAAAAAGUCAGAGGCUUCUUAUACAAAAUACAAGUUAUAUGUUAUGUUAUAUGUUAGUGAACUUUCAUUUUUACAGUUUCUUUAAACUGAUAAUUUAGAUUUUUCACAGUUUCAUAAAUCAUUUUUAGUGCCAUUGAAAUGUUGAUAGCAAAUUUUAGUAGAACUUCAAGAUUAAAUUCUGAUUUAGACUGAUCAUCAAUACUAAAUAGAUAUUUGAAAAAUUCUCAUUCACUUAACAUUUUUAAAAGUUUUAAACGCGCAAUUUAGAUAUAAAUGAAAAAUAAAGUUUCAUUAUUGAACUAAUUUGAGACUGAAAAUGUUUUGUGACAGAUGUUGUAAAAUUAAAACCAUGUCAUACAUUUUACACCAAAUAAAAUCUGUUUUGGCAACUUUAUUUAUUAUCUAAGUUAUUUAAAUAAUGUAAGGCAUUUUUGUCAUACUUUUAAAGGCAUUUAUUGUAUUUGAAUGUAGUUUUUACUAGUAAAUGCACCUCAGGAAGAUGUACAUGUUGUGUAUAUAAUAGAAAGAAAUAAAAAGAAUAGAUUUUUUUUA